AUGAAGACUUUUUCCAAAGGGAUUAAGUGUGUGCAGCUGAGUGGGGAAAUAACCCCUGCCUUCUCUGCUCAUGUGAGCACGGCGACUUAUCUAGAGCGACCCCACCUCGCAGCUAUGAGGAAAGAAACCCGCCGUGAGCUCACCUUCCCAGCCAUUACCCUCUGUAACGUCAACCGAUUUCGCUUCUCAGCCCUCACCGAUGCGGACAUCUACCACUUGGCUAACCUCACCGGCCUGCCGCCCAAGAGCCGUAAAGGACACCGGCCAAGUGAGCUCCAGUACCCAUCCCCUGACAUGUUAGACAUUUUCCAGAGGACUGGCCACCAGCUGGAAGACAUGCUGAAGAGUUGCAACUUCAGCGGGCAGAACUGCUCGAGUGAAGACUUCAGCGUGGUGUAUACAAGGUUUGGGAAAUGUUACACGUUUAAUGGAAACAAGACGUCACCCAAGCGGGUAAGGCAAGGUGGCACAGGAAACGGACUGGAGCUGAUGCUGGAUAUUCAGCAGGACGAGUAUCUGCCCAUCUGGAGAGAAACCAAUGAGACCACACUGGAGGCAGGUAUUCGGGUUCAGAUUCACAGUCAGAACGAACCCCCGUAUAUCCACCAGCUGGGCUUUGGGGUCUCUCCAGGAUUCCAGACAUUUGUUUCCUGUCAGGAACAGAGGCUAACAUACCUGCCACAGCCGUGGGGAAACUGUCGGGCUUCAUCUGAGCCUGUGAUCCCAGGAUACGACACCUACAGCGUCAGCGCUUGCAGACUGCACUGUGAGAGCACACAGGUGCAGAGAGAGUGCAACUGCAGGAUGGUGCAUAUGCCAGGCGAUGCUGAUAUCUGCACACCCAGUAAAAUCAAGUGUGUUAACAAGGCGUUAGCUUUACUCCAGAAGAGCACAGGUGACUCAUGCCCCUGCGAGACACCCUGUAAUUUGACUCGGUAUGGAAAAGAGCUCUCUAUGGUUAAAAUCCCCAGCAGGGGCUCCGCUCGCUACCUUUCUCGCAAAUACCAGAAAUCAGAGGAAUACAUCAGAGACAACUUUCUCAUCUUGGAUAUUUUCUUUGAGGCCCUUAAUUAUGAGACAAUUGAACAGAAGAAAGUGUACGACAUCGCUGGUCUGUUAGGAGAUAUUGGUGGACAGAUGGGGCUCUUCAUUGGGGCCAGUAUUCUUACUAUACUGGAAAUACUUGAUUAUAUCUAUGAGGUGGUCAAAUUCAAAAUCAAGCAACUCCUGAAACCAAAAAAGAGUCAGAAACAACAAAACCAAAGGAACUUGAUUCAAGAGCAGAUCCAGAGAACAGAGAACCUGCGAGAACAGAACCUGAGAGCUCAGCUGGCAGAUGGAACUAUAGCUACAGUCAGAUUUGAAGAGGUCAAAGUCAAGGCAGCUAAUGAAGUGGCUCAACCGCACAGUGCACAUCCAACUUCAAUAUUACCAAAUCAUCAUGAUGCACAAGCAGUUGUACAGCAGGACUUUACUUGUUAAGGGAUGCCUCUUCUUCUUUGUAUUUAUUUUUCAUAUCACUGAACUUGAAAUUGGGAUCAUGAAUGGACCCUGCACACUGAAAUACAAAUUUAAUUUUUUUUUCCACUUAUAAAAGCUACAGCCAAAGCCUAAUCCAGGACCUCAUGUGAAACCGGCUCAAACCAGUCACAUCGUCACUGUUCUCAUUGUUCAAGUCAAUACAAGAUGAAGAAACCACACAAUGUGUUUCACAUGUGCUUUUGUUGAUUUUUUUCCCAUCUGGAUGGACCUAUCACGGACUUCAAAGAAGAAAGGACCAGAAAGGAUCAGAUUCGAUCAGAAUGUUGCAUUUCACAUAAAUUACCUAUGUGACAGGACAAAUAUGAACUAAAUGAAAGUUAUAAGGAAAACAGAGAGAUGAAGCAAACACACAGGUGUUGCUAAGUGCAGAAAGAGUUGGUUUCUCUGUGAUUCUUUAUUUGGUAAUGUACAGUGCUUGCAUCAUUUCACCAUUUCACAUUUCUUAAUAACAUAAUGAGACUUCUCAGUAGGAGAACAGCUAAAAUAUACCACUCGUUUCUCUGUGAGUAGGUGUUAUGUUCUUUUUCAGUCUUAUGUAACUUCUCCAUUGUGCUGUAGUCCUUAUAAUGAAACAGUCUGA